AUGUUGCUCUAUUCGGAUACCACAACCAGGAGCUUUUCUGAGCACCGUUCCAGCAAUUCACCGCUUGGUCUCAUCGAUGGGAUGGAGUUGAAGGGGAUUGACGACGGUUUAGUUUUCUCAAAGUGGAAUAUUCGCUUGUAUUCUGAGCCUAGUCCACGAGCCAAUCAGCGAACGGCGCUCGCUUGGGCCGCGGGAACUAGUAAUUUGACUCGAAAUAUCUUUAGGGUAUCGUAUCCCCAGCUUCAGCCGAAAGUUCAACCUUCGACGGUUCAAAGGCGCAUCGGUAAGGCACCAAGUCCUCGACGAAUAGAGCUACAACAUCCAGUCCGUCAAGAGAUGUCGAUAACUUUAAAGCUUUCCUCCCUGGUUAUUCGAACACUAUCCAAACCCAUUGCUAACCAAAUCAAGGCACAGGCACGCGAACAUGAACGAUUCCGACGGGUAUGUGUCUCCUUCGCCCAAGCCAUCCAUCGGGUGGAUAUGCGCAUGCGACUGGGCCUCCUACAGAGUUCCGCUGCGUUAGAUAAACAGGCUGCACGCGAGACUGCUCAAUCCCAGGCCAAAAAACACAAACCCCAAGUCGCUACCGUGAAGACAGAAGCGCAAAUCAAGCUGGAAGAGUCCCUUGCUGCCAAGGAAAAGGAGAAGGCACAAGAGCCGCCCAAACCGCCUCCGCCGCUGCGAAUCCGACCACUUUCAGAGGCAAAGGCUAUUGACUCCGGAGCAACUUUUAUCAGUGAGACCUUUCUAUUUAUAGUCGCUGGUAGUUUGAUAGUAUUUGAGGCGCUCAGGUCACGGAGAAAAGAAACAUCGAGAAGAGAGGAUGUGGCAGAUCGACUUGCGGAAUUAGAAGAGUCCGAACAAGCGGCUCGGCGCGGUCUUGUUGCCCUGGAGCGUGAAGUUCUUCAACUGAAAGCAAAGCUGGAGAAACAGUCGCCCAAAAACAUGCAACGAAUAUUACCCAAAGAUGUUUGGAAUGUUGAAGAAGCCGAGGCCGAAACCGAAGAACUUGGUUGGAAAUCUCGACUUGUCCACUAUUUUCGGAUAUCUAAGCUGGAGGAAAUCAACGAUAUACAUGCUCGUGGAUCAAAAAAACCUGUCGCUUCUGAUGACUUUUCAGCGGGACAUUCGCGACGCCCAAGGGAUACUGAAAAGAAGGGUCGUGGCUUUGGACGCUCCAGGCAUGCUGAGGGUGGGGCAGUGGGAAAGCCCCAGGUUAAGAAGGCCGUGUUCGAAAGCACAAAGAAGAAGGAGGUUGGAGUAUCAGAUCUCACGCUCCUCAGUAAAGUGUCGAAUGAGGCCAUAAAUGAGAAUUUGAAAAAGAGAUUUGAACAUGGAGAAAUUUAUACAUAUAUCGGCCAUGUGCUUGUCUCUGUCAACCCCUUUAGAGACCUGGGUAUCUAUACUGACCAAGUCCUUGAUUCCUACCGUGGGAAAAAUCGACUUGAGGUUCCACCGCACGUUUUUGCCGUCGCUGAAUCCGCGUAUUAUAACAUGAAUGCAUACAAGGAGAACCAAUGUGUUAUUAUCUCAGGAGAAUCCGGUGCUGGUAAAACUGAAGCCGCCAAGCGACUGAUGCAGUAUAUUGCAAAUGUAUCAGGUGGCAGUGAUUCUUCUAUUCAGCAUACCAAAGACAUGGUACUGGCGACCAACCCCCUUCUCGAAUCCUUCGGCAAUGCAAAGACCCUGCGGAAUAAUAACUCCUCUCGCUUUGGAAAAUAUUUGGAGUUACAAUUUAAUUCCGUUGGCGAACCCGUCGGUGCGACAAUUACCAAUUACCUCCUCGAGAAAUCUAGAGUCGUUGGACAAAUAACGAAUGAACGAAACUUCCAUAUAUUUUAUCAAUUUACAAAAGCUGCUCCACAGGCUUAUAGAGAUAACUUUGGUAUCCAGCAACCCCAAUCAUACGUGUAUACAAGCCGCUCGAAGUGUUUCGAUGUCUCAGGUAUAGACGAUGCGAUGGAUUUCAAAGAUACCUUAGAAGCCAUGAGAAUUAUUGGUUUGUCUCAGGCUGAACAGGAUAAUAUCUUCCGCAUUCUUUCCGCUAUCCUAUGGCUUGGAAAUAUGCAGUUUGUUGAAGACGACAGUUCAAAUGCCUCAAUUACAGAUCAAUCCGUUGUUGAUUUCGUUGCGUAUCUACUAGAAGUAGACUCUGCCCAAGUGAGCAAAGCUCUUACCCUGAGAAUUUUGGAAACAGCCCGGGGUGGGCGAAGAGGAUCGGUAUACGAAGUUCCUUUGAAUACUGUCCAAGCCACCGCUGUUCGAGAUGCACUCGCGAAGGCUCUUUAUUUUAACCUUUUCGAUUGGAUCGUUGAGCGAGUUAAUGCCUCCCUCGCAGCUAGGGGCUCUGUCGCGAACUCCAUUGGUAUCCUGGAUAUUUAUGGGUUUGAGAUUUUUGACAAGAACUCCUUUGAACAGCUUUGUAUCAAUUAUGUAAACGAAAAGUUGCAACAAAUUUUCAUCCAGCUAACCUUGAAGACGGAACAAGAAGAAUACGCCCGUGAACAAAUCAAGUGGACUCCAAUCACCUACUUUGAUAACAAAGUCGUGUGCUCCUUGAUCGAAGACAAACGACCUCCCGGGAUCUUUGCUGCAUUGAAUGACGCUUGUGCAACCGCACAUGCUGACUCCGGUGCUGCUGAUCAGACAUUCGUGGGAAGACUGAAUUUCCUUAGCCAGAAUCCUAACUUCGAAUCGCGACAGGGCCAAUUCAUCGUCAAGCAUUACGCUGGUGAUGUAGGCUAUACUGUCAAAGGGAUGACGGACAAAAAUAAGGAUCAACUGUUGAAAGAUUUACUUAACCUAGUAGGCUCGAGUAGUAACAGUUUCGUACAUACACUCUUCCCCGACCAAGUUAAUCAGGACGACAAGCGACGACCACCAACUGCCGGUGACAAAAUCAAAGCAUCUGCUAAUGACCUUGUCGCGACACUAAUGAAGGCUCAGCCAUCAUAUAUCCGGACGAUAAAACCAAACGACAACAAGUCGCCAUCCGAGUACAAUGUCGGUAAUGUGAUGCAUCAGAUUAAAUAUUUGGGUUUACAAGAGAACGUCAGGAUUCGGAGAGCUGGGUUUGCCUACCGUCAAACCUUUGACAAAUUUGUCGAGCGCUUCUACCUAUUGUCGCCAAAGACUUCCUAUGCUGGUGAUUACACUUGGACUGGGGAUGCCGAAUCUGGAGCCAGGCAGAUCUUGAAGGACACCAGUAUCCCAGCAGAGGAAUACCAAAUGGGCACCACCAAAGCAUUCAUCAAAACUCCCGAAACCAUUUUUGCCCUUGAACAUAUGCGCGAUAGGUACUGGCAUAAUAUGGCCAUCCGUAUCCAACGUGCUUGGCGCAACUAUCUCCGCUACAGAAUCGAGUGCGCUAUCCGAAUCCAGAGGUUCUGGAGACGAGUCACAGGAGGUCUGGAAUAUAUCAAAUUACGAGACCAGGGACACAAGAUUCUUGGUGGCAUGAAAGAGAGACGCAGAUACAGUCUUGUUGGCUCACGACGCUUCCUUGGUGAUUACCUUGGUGUUGGUAACACUGGUGGUCCAGGAGAGAUGAUCAGGGAUUCCGUUCGCAUUGGUAAAUCCGAAACUGUCUUAUUUUCCUGCCGCUGCGAACUCCUUGUUACUAAAUUCGGUCGUUCGAGUAAACCUGCACCACGUAUCUUAAUUCUUACCUCCCACAAUGUUUACAUUGUCGUGCAAAGCGUCGUGAACCACCAGCUGAACAUAUCAGCGGAACGAACAAUAUCUGUCGGCGCAAUCAAGUUCGUUAGCGCUUCGAAAUUGAAGGAUGACUGGUUUGCUCUUGGAGUUGGCGCUGCUCAAGAGCCAGACCCGCUCAUCAACUGUGUGUUCAAAACGGAAUUUUUCACAUACCUUUCCAAUGCUCUCCAUGGGCAACUCAAUCUUAAACUCGCUGACGUAAUUGAAUAUAACAAGAAGCCCGGCAAGCUAGCAAUAGUUAAGACCAUGAAAGAUCCUGCAAUUGCUCGUGACGAUAUAUAUAAAAGCGGAACGAUCCAUACCAGCCAGGGAGAACCUCCAAAUUCAGUAUCAAGGCCAACUCCAAGGCCAAAGCAGGUGGCCGGAAAGCCUAUCACCAAGGGCAAACUACUCCGUCCUGGCGGACCCGGUGGAGGACCAUCAAAGUUGGCAUCACGGCCAGCUGCGUCAAGACCAACACCAGCAGCUCAGCCGUUGCCGCAUGCUAUCGCCCAACCUGCAACUACAACAUCCAGGCCUGUACCACAGCCUGUUGCGACCGUUUCCGCCAGCCAUAACAGAACUAACUCGGCGCAAGCUCGAGCGCCUCCUCCGCCUCCUCCUCCUCCUCCCGCCGCGCCACCCGCAGCCAAAAAAGACACUGCUAAGGUUCUCUAUGACUUCAACAGCGAGCGCACCAAUGAGCUUUCCAUCCGCGUGGGCGAAAUAGUCCAAAUCAUGGCAAAGGAAGGAAACGGCUGGUGGCUUUGCAUGAACACCACAACCUCCGCCCAAGGCUGGGCACCAGAAGCGUACCUAGAAGAAAUCGUCGCUCCAACGCCCGCAGCAGCCCCUCCACUUCCUCCACCACCCCCUUCAGCCCCCAGAGCCGCUACUAUAUCCAACAGCAACAACAAUAAUAAUAACCCCGUAAACCCCAUAACCACCAACGGCGCCUCCCGCGCAGCUGCAAAAGCCAAGCCCACCCCGCCCGCUCCGCCCGCCAAGCGGCCAGUUGCGGGGCGUAAGCCUGCGGCACCAGCGACUCCACGAGACAGUGCGGUUAGCAUGAAUUCGCAGGAUUCGCCCGGUGGGAGCGGUCGUGCGACGCCGAAUAGUAUGAAUAAUUUUGCGGGGGGGCUUGCGGAGGCGUUGAGGCAAAGGCAAAGUGCGAUGAAGCCGCAAGAUGAUGAUGAUUGGUAG